AUGAUUUUCGGAUCGGAUCGUGAAUUGAUUCAAACUAAUUUUGGAGGAAUUUCCGGAACAAAAAUGGCAAUAUUGGCAAAAAAUGAAAUUAUUGAUUUAUCGAUUAUUCAAACGAAACAGGAGACGUUGAGAAUGGAAUUGGAGAACUUGUAUAAAUUAAUUGGGGCAAUUAAGAAGAGUGGAGUGAGGAUGGAGAAGAAUAAUGCCGAUGUUUUUAGAAUCUCCAUCACCGGACUUGUCGGAAUUCGUGAUCCCAAAAAGAAGUCAGAAGCAAUUUUGGAUAUUCAAAAUGCAAUUAACUCCUUAAAUCAAGUGAUUCGUGAUGCUUAUGGUGGACACGCCGUUGUCGAAUUGUUGAAUUUCAAAGCUGAGGAUUCUUCAGAAGACGUGACGUCUUCUGAAAUGUGGUAUUCUGAAUUUGAGAACCCGAAAAAUCCAGAAUUCAUUGAAAAUCAUAAAAUUCAAAAACGAGAAGUCUCUGGAAUUCCUGGAGUCCGUGAACCGACUGUAUAUGAACAACUAAGGGAUGCGGCCCGAAAAUCCUAUGGUGUCACUGAAGCAGUGUCUUCUGACUAUCCCGCCAUGUUCGCGAUGAUUUUGGGAUUAGUGGGAGCUUUGGUUGUGACUACGAUCUACAUAAUCGUGGCAAUGGUAUCGAUAGACCCGGAAAAGGAUUCAAUCAUCUACCGUAUGACGACGGACUCACAAACUUCCGGAAUCGGCGAAAAUCGACUGAUUGGAGCUGGAUUCGGAUCGACGACUCCACAAGUGCGUCCAGUGAAGCCCAAAUCGCAGUCGCACGACCGUUGA